AUAUAUAUAUAUUCAAUUCAUUGGCAAUGGUGGUGACUCUGAAACCACAAAUUAUUAGUCUGACCAACAAUGUACGUCUGCUGUUGUUGAUGGCUCACAAACAUGGGAGAAAUGAAGAGCUGGUUGUGGUAAGAUGCUUUUAUGCACAAAACUAGUGAAUGGGUGCUUUUAUGCAUUUUAGCCAUGACGAAGGUUGAGUCCAUGACUUCAUGCCGCUUGCCUUUUGUCCAAGAUUUGGGCAGAAGUAUAAACUGAAUCUCCAUUUUCUAUUGGUGAUGGGAACUAUUGGCUCAAUUAUCAAUGGAAGACAUUGGGAUUUGCAGAGUUUCUGUACUUCUGGAUCAAUGUUGAUCAAUGUUCAACGAAAAGGUGGCAUCCUACCUAUCAAAUAUUAUCUCUUUAUGGAGAAAGCUUAUGUUUUCAUCCCAGUUUUGAAGAUUAUGUCUAAGCUCCUGCUUUCCCUAUCAGCUUCUACAGGAUCGUUGAGUUGCAAGAUUGCGACCUCUCUGGAAAUUGGUGGUAAUAUUGCUUCGAUUGCCAUGUUGCAGACUGUCAUUUAUGUUUGCACGGAUUUCUUUCUCUUAUUUUUCUAAUAAGAAAGGAAAUUGUGCCCACCAUUUUUUUGUUGUUAUUCUUCCUCUUGUCAAUUACUGCUAGAAUUUGCUUGUUUUUUAUCCCUUCUUUUUCAUCUGCUUUCGAGUUGGGUUUACUGUGUAGUUGAGUUCAGCUUUUACUGCUGUUGUGAUUUGUUCUGUGUUAUGUUUUCAUGAAUUCACAAAUUAAAUUUUGCCAGUCAGUUCUCAA